AUGUCAUCCAGAUCUGGCAGCACGAGAGACUAUGAGACCAGCAGCCAGUCACGACAUCACUCAGCUUCCCCACCAGUCCCAGAGCCUAGUGACACUGAGAAUGAAGGUCUGAUCUUUUAUCACAUGGAUCUUUAUGGAUCAAAGGAGAGGUUUGAUAUCUUUCCUGAAGAGCCCUCUGGUCGAGGAGACAGAUCUCUGGGGGAUACGAGAAGGGAAUCUGCACUGAGUACUGAAAAAGUUCAGCGCCCACAAGAAGUUGGCUAUGACUUGGAAAAGGAGGUUGCAGAGUUGGCUAAGAUGUAUGGACUUGAUGAGGAUAGAGAAAAAGAGUUUGAGCUUCUUGGAGGACAUCUGGAGAAGGUGGAGAGCAGAUGGCCACCAGCUCGUACAGAAAAAGCAGGAUUACAAGGCUCCAUAUAUAACAUAUCAAAAAGCAACUCUUCAGUGAAAGAUCUAAGUCAAAGCACAAAGCAACAAGGACUUCCUGAUGAGGCUUCUCAAGGUGAAAAUCAGAGCAAAGCCAGAGCAGAUGAUGAGGCUGAGAGCAGCAUAUGGUCCAGAGGGGGGCUAAGCAGUGGUGGCAUGUCAGAUGAGUGGAACAGUCAGGCUGUCAGUGAGGAAGAGGAGGAGGAAGAGGAAGAAGCAGCAGAUGUUUUUUGUUCCACCUGCAAGAUACCAAUCCGAGCUUUUGACAAACUAUUUGGUGAGCACAAGGAUCACGAGGUUGCUCAGCUCCCCAGUGCUGUGGAAAGUGAAAAGGAGGAGAUCCAUAAAAACAUGUGCAAGUUGGAAGAACAGAUUGCUCAGAUGGAAAAUGUUGCCAGCCAUUUGGAGGAAAUCUUCAUCACUGUAGAGGAAAAUUUUGGGAGGCAGGAGCAGAACUUUGAGGUGCAUUACAACGAUGCAGUGCAAGUGCUUGCUCAGAAGUACGAAGAGCAGCUGGAAGCACUGGGAGAAGAGAAGAGGCAGAAGCUGGAAGCUCUAUAUGAGCAGCUGGUCAGUUGUGGGAAACAUCUUGACACCUGCAAGGACCUGACAGAUGAAACCCAGGAGCUUUUCCUGGAAAAUGACAAAGCUGAAUUUAUGAAGGCAGCAGUAACCAUGGUUGACAGGCUGGAAGAAUUCUUAAAGCAAGAAGUGAAUUUAGAGCUUUCAACACUGCCAGACUUUGAAGAGCGGGUCAUAGAUGUCUCUGAAGUUGAACAACUAAUGAACUCCAUUAAUGCUAUUCCAGCUCCUUGUGCCCCUGUGAUCAAUCCCCAGGCUCCCAAUGCAGCAACUGGCACUUCACUGAGAGUUUGCUGGGGCCUCUUCUCGGAUGACACUGUGGAGUGCUACCAGCUGUGCUACCAACCUGUGAGCAAUGAGAGGCACAGUGAUGGGCAAGCAGAGCAUACACUAAAAGUCAAAGAAACAUACUGCACCAUUACUGAUCUGCUGCCAAAUACACAGUAUGAAUUUUGGGUCAGUGCUUUAAAUGCCUCCGGUAUCAGUCCACCAAGUGAAAGAGCAGUUUAUGUAACAGCUCCUUCACCACCUAUCAUAAAGAAUAAAAAGAUCCGAAGCUGUGAAAAUGCAGCACUGGUGUGCUGGGAAUCCAGAGACAUUAACCCUGUUGAUUCCUACACAGUUGAAUUGUCCAAGCUGACAGAUGAAGAAAAUGAUGAUAUUAUUACUGAAUCUAUUGUUGGGAUCCCUAACUGUGAAGUCCUAAUUCACCUCCAGCCAACACAAAAGUAUCACAUCUGUGUCAGAGCCCAAAACCUGGGUGGCUCCAGUGAAAGAAGUGAACCUGUCCUGAUACACACCACAGGCACCUGCUUCUACCUUAAUGAGGACACAGCUCAUCCUUUACUGGCAAUUCUAGAUGAUGGAUUUACCAUUUCAUGUGAUGAACUGGAAAACCCAGAGUGUGAUCUGCCUGUCUAUGAUAACAGCUUUACAAGAUGUAUUGCAAUCCUGGGCAGUCUGAUCCCAUUUCCAGGAAAGCAUUACUGGGAGGUGGAAGUUGAGGAAGAUACAGAGUACAGAAUUGGUGUGGCUUUUGAGAACACGCCGAGACAUGGUCACCUCGGGGCAAACAACUCAUCCUGGUGCAUGAGGCACAUCAUCACACCCUCAAGGCACAAGUAUGAAUUCCUGCACAGUGGGAUGACACCUGACGUCAGAAUUACUGUUCCCCCCAGAAGGAUUGGCAUCCUGCUGGACUAUGAGAACUGCAGACUGUCAUUUUUCAAUGCAGAUAUUGCCCAGCACCUUCACACAUUCAACUCACACUUCCAGCAUUAUGUCCACCCCUGCUUUGCACUGGAAACACCUGGUAUCUUAAGGAUACACACUGGAAUUACAACACCCCUAUGGACUGCCCUGCCAUAA